UUAACUAAUGUCAGCACCGUUAAUGAAGGAAAGGGAAGCAUGCUGGGAAGCACGGGAUACGUUCUGGAAGUGCUUAGAUGAAAAUAUGGAAGAUACAUCCAAGUGUGAAAAGUUUAGGUGCUCUUUUGAAAGUUUAUGUCCACAGCAGUGGGUUAAAUACUUCAAUAGAAGAAGAGAGUAUUUAAGAUACAAAGCUAAACUAGAAGGAGGAGAAUUUCUGCCUUCAGAGAAUCCUCAGAAGUCAUAGCUACUUAGUCUCUUUUCUGGUUACUUCAGCCAUAAAAAUGUU